AUGUGCCAUGAGCAAAAUAUCAAUGCAUUUGCUCAACGUUUUUUUCAAAAUCAGCGUUUUUUGACGCUAUGGGAGGGAUUAGAAGUAGUUGACGAUAGUCAAGUCACUUCUAUACCUUUAUCAGUUCAAAGAACAUUUAGCAAUGCAACAUUAUUGGGGAUUUGUCAUCAUUUACUCCAUCUUCCUUCGACUUACGAGAGAUCGUCUUCGUUGCUCAAAUGCCUCACAGAUCGCGUCCAGUUAGAGUAUUCGCCAUGGUUCCAGUUUCUAUUGGGUUUACUUCAAGUUGAAGUGGAGUAUAGUGAUAUCUUCAAAUACGUUGACAAAGCUACACUCGGACUUGAGGUACGGCUUGGGUACCGGACCAAUAAAGACGCUGCAGAUGGGUGGCAUGAACUUAUCGCGACAAACAUCACCCGGAAACUUGAAUGCACUAUCUCCUCUGACAAGGUGAAACAUCAAUCGUUUAGCUUGCAAUGGAACUCAUUGAGAAAACGUUUUUCAGAAAUCGAAUGGAAAUAUGUACGACUGCGCGAUACUAGAUCUGUUCGAACUGGGUUCUAA